ACAGGCGCAAUGCGGUUGUCGGGAUGUAAGGAGGAAUGGCGACGGUCGAGACGGUUUUGGAGGCCAGAGUGGAGCUGAUCUGACCAAACAGAAGCCAAACACAGUUUGAAUCCCUUCACGUCUGACUAAACUGUUAGUGAUAAAGAGUCCCAAAAUGGAAACUGAAGUAACAGUGUCCUCCUCAUCGAGUGUGGUCUCAGCCUCCGCUCCUCAGACGUCCACUGCUCAGGCCAACCUGGCUGCAAAGCAGAGAGACAACAGGAAGACAUCCAUAACUCCCGCCUUCCUCUCCAAUCUGGGGAGGGCCACAUUGCGGGGCAUUCGUAAGUGUCCGCAGUGCGGGGUCUACAACGGCACCCGUGGGCUCAGCUGCAAGAACAAAGCAUGUGGGAUUUCCCUCCGAAAUGCGUCUUCGGCAGCGGGCAGGAGCAGCAAGAAAUGUGCGGUGGAGGUGGUAAAAGUGAUAAUAGACAGUGAGGAGAGAGCAGGGAAAGAGCGCGAGGGUGGAGGAGGAGUCCUGGGCAGCAGCUCAGGUGGAGGAGUGCAGGUGUUUUCAGUGUGUCAUAGAGGAAGAGGAGCCACAGUGACACAGUUGGGAUUUGUUGAACUUGUUCCCACUGAUACUGCUAUAGCAACAGGUGACGGUGCCACCCUGCUGACGCGCAUCAAUCUGGGCCGCUGCUUUUUGCCAUCCUGCAAGCAGGGUCAAAGGUCAAAUCAAGGGGAGACAGAAUCAGCGGUGGCCAGUUCAAAACAGUCCUCAGACAGCCUCUGCAUCCACAUCAAGCAAGCAAUAGAGUGUAGGAGCUGUGCAACGCCACUGACCUUAAAGAGCUCCAUCCUUGAGGGUUUGCAGGCCUCCAUUCAAGCCAGGGAAGAGCUGUGGAGGCUGGCCACAGAGUCUCCAGGCCCACUGGUGCAGCGUGUCGCAAAAGAUACCCUGGUAGUGAAGUGCCACACAGAUUCCCAGCAUCCUCUGGGGCUGCUGCAUCUCACUGUAGGUGCAGGCGGACUGUCUGAGGUUUCAAAGAGCGAGAGAAGGGGAGAAAAGCAGCAGCAGCAGCAGCAGCAGCAGAAAGAUGCAGUCUUCCACUGUGCCUGUCAGGUUAGCAGUAGCAGGAGAAGUAAGCCUGGUGUUGAUGGAGCAGGUGGAUGCACCAACUCUCAUCCUCCACCUCCCAGCUCGGUCACGUCACAGCCAUGCCUUCACUUCUACGCCUGUGUGUGUGCCUUUGCAAGCGAUGAGAAGCUGGCAUCAGAGUUUGCUGCUUUUAUCAGCUACACCCCCAGUGGUGUGCAGCAAAACGCCUGCUGUAGAGCAAUUAGUCCCAGUGAGAAGCCUCUGCAACAGGCCGAAUCUGUCAACUCUCUUCAUAAAUCAAAGAAACUUCGCCUGGAUGAAUCUCUCUCUGGGAGUACGCAUGUUGUGGAUGAGCGCACAGUGACGAUGGGCUUCCAACAGUGGCUGGCCAGCGUCACAGAGAGGAUCCACCAGACAAUGCACUACCAGUUUGAUGGGAAACCACAACCUCUGGUCUACCACAUCCCACAGGAGUUCUUCAACGCUUUGCAGCAUCGUCUGUCGCUGGGCUCCAAGAAGAGGAGACUGCCAAACUUCACAACAGCAUUUGUGAGAAAUGAUGGACUUCCUCUCGGCUCUUUCUCCAAGUACACCUGGCACAUCACUAACCUCAUGCAGGUCAAACGCAUCUUCGACACCUCAGAGUUGCCUCUGGAGGUCUCUCAGAGUUUUGUAAAGAACAUAGAUGGCUCUUACUCACAUUUUCGCUGCCCUGAUCCUCCGCCUGAACCAGAGGGAUACAGGACAGAUCGGCCACAGGCUAUAAAACCGAUGGAGCUCCGCACUUUCCUUAAAGUUGGGCCAGCAGAUCAGAAGGAGGCCAGUCCAUUUGUGAUCGAGUGGAUCCCAGACGUUCUUCCUCGCUGUCAGAUGGGAGAGCUCAGGAUCAGCUUUGAAUUUGGCCACCAGCAGAGCGGCCAGCCCGAGAACUGUGACAAAAUCAGUGCAGCGGAUAAAGGAGGCUGUAACAAGUCAGACUCAACUCAAUCCAAACAAACGAAGGCUGUUGAAAUCCUUCAGGUGGUUGUCUGAUAGCCCUCUGGUCUCCUUAUUAUACACUGACAAUAAUAAAUUGGAACUUCCUCUCAGGGGCAGUUUAUCGUACAUACAUACAUUACCAAUAUAUCAAUGUUAUAUUAGGCAAUUUAUAAAUAAUCAAUUGCCAUGUGAAUUACACAGUGUGAUACUGAUCAACAGUAGUUUUAGACAAUCUUGUUUGUAGUGAAGCACUUAUCAUAAUUCCUUUUCCUCAAAAUAUUCAUAACAUCAAACUUACAAAAAACAAAAGAGAAGUAUAUUUUUGGAAAAAUAUUUAAUGUUUUUAGACAGCACCUAAACAUUUUUAUUCAAGACAGAUCAUACAACCAGUAAAACAGAAAAAACAGUCGGCUAGUGACACAAAAUAAGAACUUUAAAUCAUUUUUUAAAAGCAUUUUUAAAGUGGAAACAGAUGACUUUCCAAUUUUACCCUCCCCUAUCAUUUGCAAGUGGCGUUAUUGUCGGCACCGCUGUUGCGAAGAAAACUGGAUGGCUUUCUAUUUUCCACAGAGCCUCGCAACUACCAGCAACACAUGACGCACCGCAUUUUGUUUUCAGCAGUUAUUGUGGUUGUUCCACUGUCCACUACUUCCACCACUGGGGAUAGUUAUUGCAUAAAACUUACAUGAUACUCUUUGGUAACUGAUGGCUACCAAUAGCUUCUGGAGAAAAUAAAAACGCCUUUUUUCUCCCGUCUCGGUUGCACAAUGGUUGAUGCACUUUCUUUGUGCCGUAAAUUGGGUCUUCACUUUCCUAAGAGAUUGUACCCGGUGACAGACAGAAUUGCGAAGUGACAACAAGGCUCACAGGGAACCGAUCUAAACUCAGAUGGUGUCAUUAUUGAAUACCCUUACACUGUGCAAUAACAACAUUUCCUUUACAAUGAUAAGAUAAUGUCUAUUUCCACUUUAAAAACAGGUACAUGUGCUGGUUCCUAUGGGAAAUGACACAUUCUGUAGAUCCUAUUUCCUGAAGGUGUGAAAACAUCUAUGUGUGUUAAAAAGAAGGAUUUUUGUCCUGAUUGUUUUUCUAUGUUAACAUAAAGAAAAUAAAACACAUUUAAC